AUACGCGAUGGGAUUUUGGCAAAUCGGCCCGUGAGGGAAGUUCUAAAGGUGCCAUGUCCUCUGCAUGUCCUCCUCCUCCUCCUCCUCCUCCUCCUCUUCCUCUUCUGUGUUUUCUUCUUAUAUCAUUACAUUGUCACGAAUUGGUAGCUGCCAGCUCAAGUCACAAUGAAGUUCACAAAUGGCAUGUGGCACCUUGAGCAAGGCGUCCAGAUCGACUGGAUGAGUAACGUCGAGCGGCUGAGCGUCAAGGAAGAGACCGUCGAUCUGCUGUUGAACAAGUUCCAGAGACACCGGGGCGACACAUUGAACUCACCUACUGUGAGUGCAAAAGUGACGUCUCCAUUGGAGGGUAUCAUCGGUGUGAAACUGGUGCAUUGGGCAGGACAGCUCGACAAGGGCCCCCAUUACAAACUCAACUGGUCGUCCGGCCACAGCAAGAUCGAUCACACCCCCAACAAGAGCCUGCGGUAUACCAGUGGCCCGCUGGAACUCACGGUCAACACGGCGGCGAACGAGCUGGGGUUUGUCUUCGCAGGCGACAAGGGCAAGCUGACCGGCCACUCGUUCCGGUCGAUCGGGUACGUGGGCGACGAGCGCACCGAGAAGUCGCGGCUAGCAGACGGCCUGUACUUUGAGCGGCAGGGGUACAUGCUUGCCGAGCUCGAUCUGGGCGUGGGCGAGAAGCUGUACGGGCUGGGCGAACGGUUCGGGCCCCUGGUGAAGAACGGGCAGACCGUCGAUAUCUGGAACGAGGACGGCGGCACGUCGUCCGAGCAGGCGUACAAGAACAUCCCCUUCUACAUCAGCUCCAGGGGGUACGGUGUUUUCGUCAACACGCCGGGAAAGGUCAGCCUCGAGCUGCAGUCCGAACGGACCACCCGCGUCAACAUCUCCGUGCCGGCCGAGGAGCUCGAGUAUCUCAUCGUCUACGGGCCGACACCCAAGGAGAUCCUCAACCGGUACACUGCCUUGACGGGGCGGCCAAGCUUGGUUCCAGCCUGGAGCUACAACCUGUGGUUGACGACGAGCUUCACGACAAACUACGACGAACAAACCGUCACCGGCUUCCUGGAUGGCUUCCGCGAGCGGGACAUCCCCCUGGGCGUGUUCCACUUUGACUGCUUCUGGAUGAAAUCCUACCAGUGGUGCGACUUUGAGUUCGACACGGACAUGUUCCCGGAUGCCGACGGGUACCUGAAGCGGUUGAGAGAGCGAGGCCUUCACAUCAGCGUCUGGAUCAAUCCGUACGUCGGCCAGGCGUCUCCUCUAUUUGACCAGGGCAAGCAGAACGGCUACUUUAUCAAGCGCACCGACGGCUCCGUCUGGCAAUGGGACAUGUGGCAAGCCGGGAUGGCGAUAGUGGACUUUACCAACCCGGCCGCAUGCGACUGGUACGCAGGCUACCUGCGGCGACUGAUGGAGAUGGGAGUCGACACGUUCAAGACGGACUUUGCCGAGCGGAUCCCCUUCCGCAACGUGGUCUACCACGACGGAUCCGACCCAGCCCGCAUGCACAACUACUACGCUCUACUCUACAACCGGGUGGUGUACGAGACGAUGAUAUCCGUCCACGGCCGCUCGCAGAGCCUCCUGUUUGCGCGCUCCUCGGCGCCCGGCGGCCAGGCCUUCCCCGUCCACUGGGGCGGCGACUGCGAGAGCACCUUCGAGGCCAUGGCGGAGUCGCUGCGCGGCGGCCUCAGCCUCAUGCUCUCGGGCUACAUCUUCUGGGCAUCAGAUAUAGGCGGGUUCGAGGGAACCCCGCCGCCAGCCCUGUACAAGCGGUGGGUUCAGUUCGGCCUGCUGUCGUCGCACUCCCGCCUGCACGGCUCGUCUUCCUUUCGCGUCCCCUGGAUCUACGGCGAGGACUGCUCGGCCGUCCUGCGCGACUGCAUCAAACGCAAGAUCCUGCUCACCCCGUACCUCCUCCAAGAAGCUCUGGCAGGCCAUCGUUCCGGCCUGCCCAUCAUGCGGCCCCUUUUCCUCGAGUUCCCAGCCGAUCUAAACACUUAUACCCUUGACACCCAGUAUUUGCUCGGCACUAACUUGCUGGUCGCCCCGGUGUUUUCAGAGGACGGCAGCGUCACCUUCUACGUCCCGCGCACCCCGCAAGACACCCAGGGUAAAUGGGUCUCCUGGUUCGACCAUUCCAAAACCUACGAGUCGGGCACCUGGUACACGGAGACCCACGACUUCGAUACCCUGCCCAUUCUCGUCCGUCCUGGUUCCGUCACCCCUCUCAACCCUUCCCUCGCCGUCCCGGAGGGUGAUGCCCUCACCGGCCUCCAGUUCCUGGUCAACGGCGAGCUGACUGCGGAUGUUGUCGUCGAUAUCGUUGACCCUUCCAAGACCCACGACGUGCUCAAGACUGUCACUGUCUCUCAAGAUAGUGCUGAGGGGUACAAGGUGGUGCGGAUCAAGUCUGCAUAG